AAGCAACAAUGUCGAGGAGGGCGUAAGAGUCCCUACCAUUCAAAUGCAUCUGGGGCCGUGCGAAAAUAUGUAUUGACCGCUUCCAACAUGGAAUCGAUAGAAGGCGAGUCAUCUGCCUCAUUCAUUGCAAGUCUGUACAAGCCACCGGCCUUACUCCCCAUUGCGCGUCACCGCGAGUCGCUUCUCUACCUUGUUGAGACAUUUCCAGUAGUUGUUGUAAUUGGUCAGACAGGCAGUGGCAAAACCACACAACUGCCGCAAUUCCUUGAUCAGGCAGGAUGGUGUCAAGGAGGCAAAACAAUCGCCGUCACGCAGCCGAGGAGAGUAGCUGCUACAUCAGUAGCGGCGAGAGUGGCGGAGGAGAUGAAAUGCCAGCUUGGGCAAGAAGUAGGAUAUUCGAUCCGAUUUGAGGAUGUCACGUCCGCCGCGACAAGGAUUAAGUUCGUGACCGAUGGUUUACUGCUGAGAGAGGCUUUAGUAGAUCCACUCCUCUCAAGAUACUCAGUGAUUAUGGUCGAUGAGGCUCACGAACGUUCGCUCAGCUCAGAUAUACUUCUUGGUCUCCUGAAGAAGAUCCGCAAACGGAGACCGGAGCUCCGAAUCGUCGUCAGCAGCGCUACUCUCCAAGCUGAAGCUUUUCUACGCUUCUUUGCUGGUGACGAGAAUAAUGCUAAAGAAGAUGUCCUUGGGGGGUCAAUUGGACGAAUCAUAAGCUUGGAAGGGCGGAUGUACCCUGUUGACAUCCACUACCUUGAAGAGCCUACAAAUGACUACCUGGAGAGAACAGUGCAGACUGUUUGGGAUAUUCACACAAAGGAAAAAGAGGGAGAUAUCCUUGUUUUUCUCACUGGACGAGAUGAAAUCGAAAAGUGCAUCGAUCUGCUCUCUAAUCGUAUUGGCGAAUCAACUACUCAGCAACUCACUCUGCAGCCUUUGCCAAUGUAUGCAGGACUUUCGACAGAUCAGCAAAUGUAUGUGUUCGAACCAGCAGCGGAGAACAUCCGCAAAGUCGUCGUGGCAACGAAUAUCGCAGAGGCUUCCGUCACUAUUGAAGGCAUAGUGUACGUAAUUGACUGCGGCUUUGUUAAGCUGCGGGCAUACAACCCGAUGACAGGCAUCGAGACACUCACGGCGACUGCUGUAUCCAAAGCUUCGGCAACUCAGCGCGCAGGUCGUGCAGGUCGGACUAGGCCUGGCAAGUGCUACAGGCUUUAUACAGAGGCUGCUUAUCAGAGUUUGAGCGAAGUUACGGUUCCGGAAAUCCAACGUAGUAACCUUGCACCGACAAUUUUGCAGCUAAAAGCUCUCGGGAUUGACAACAUUGCCCGCUUUGAUUACCUUACUCCACCACCAUCUGAACUCGUCAUUCGUGGACUUGAACUUUUGUAUUCUCUCGGUGCAUUGGAUGACUAUGCCAGACUCACCAAACCGCUCGGUCUUCACAUGGCCGAGCUCGCAGUCGAGCCCAUGAUGGCAAAAGUUCUCCUCUCGGCUCCCAAAUUCGGCUGCUUGUCGGAGAUCUUGAGUAUAGCGGCAAUGACAAGUCUCCAAGGAGGCAGUGUGUGGUUCUAUCAUGACGACAACAAGAAAGCCACAGAGACCGCACGCCGGAAGUUCGCUGUUGAGGAAGGCGACCAUCUUACACUUCUUAAUGUGUAUCAAGCUUUUGUUACGAAAGGGCGAAAAGAAGCUAAGUGGUGCAGGGAUAAUUAUCUCAACUACAAGUCCCUUUCACGUGCUGUAAGCAUUCGGAACCAACUUCGAAGGUAUCUUGAGAGAUUCGGAUUUGAUGUCUCCGAAUCCCUCUCAGGAUCUGUGAUGGGUGCGACAGACAAAGCAAACGCGAUCAGGAAGUGUCUGACGUCAGGUUACUUUGCGCACGCGGCAAAGAUGCAAGCCGAUGGCAGCUUUAAGACUGUGAAUGGAAUGUCGGUUUGGGCUCACCCAAGCAGUCUUAUGUUCAAUCGGAAAGCUGAGUGGGUUUUGUUCCAUGAGAUCAUGGAGACAGCCAAUAAGAUUUUCAUCAGAGAAGUAUCGAAGAUUGAGAGGAGCUGGUUGAUAGAGUAUGGAGGUGGGUACUACAAGAUAUCUUGAGCAUCAAGAGUCGUUUUAGCAUGAUUUACAAUUGUAUCGUCCUAUAUCGAUCAGCUUCCAAGUCAGAUCUGUUGAGAUAGCUCCUCGAAUAUGAGCCAGUAUUUCGACUUGAUGCAAUGCAUAUAGCAGUCUGUAAAGCCUUAUUGACGAUUUAACAUGGAUUGAGAUUAG